UUGGUUAUCACAACAGAAGCUCAGAACGUUCGCAUGGCUUCUUAUAAACAAACGUUUGUUGCUUUUGCCGUCUUAGCCAUUGUUAUUGUCACAGGAACUCUUGUGUUCACAGCAAUCGAGGAGAAUGGCUACGAAAACAAUUUUUCCUUGACUCUUCAAAUCGUUACAACCAUUGGGUAUGGAAAUGUUCCACCAAAGACAAAUUCAGGCAAAAUAUUCUGUAUCUUCUUCUCUAUAAUCGGUAUACCAGUCAACAUUGUCUUCCUUCAAAAGGUUGGCGAACACAUGAUGAACUUACAAAAGUUUGCUAUCUCCAAGAUUGAGAUGAAAGUUUUCAAAAGAAGUGAGCCGAAAAAUCUCGACGGGAUAAACUUCGCAUUUUGUGUUAUCGACCUCGUUGUGUUUGUGGUUAUUGGAGCUGUUAUUCAGAUGUAUUCUGAAGAUUGGUCGUUUCUUGACGGUGUUUACUGCUAUGUCAUUACCUUCACAACCGUUGGUUUUGGCGAUUUGAUACCAGGAUUCGAUUUAAAGAGUCCGRCAACGCGAAUUUUAAUGAGUMUUUUCGGCAUAUUGGGACUUUGUGUGGUUUCAACCACAAUUAACUGCGCCUUAGAAUGUUCGAUACUAGCUUAUUGGUUAAGAAGACUGCCAUGCAAAAAGACCGUUACUGCAGCUACCGAAGAAAGCAAAGUUGAAGAAAUUACAGCAAAUUGAUAGAAGUGACAGUGAAGUUUUACACAUUUUUAUAAAAUGGAUUUAAUAUCUUUCAUUUAGCAGUCGAAGCACUUAUGAGUUUUUUCACAAUGUCUUCUGUAUCAUGAAAAUAACAAUGCAGGGAUCCAUCUGUUUGGUGUCUAUCAGUGCGAAUAUAAUUAAAGAAAUAUAAGCAUCAAUGAGAAAUAGAAUUCGAUUGGCAGAAGUUGUAAAAAAAUAAGAUGUUCUUCAAUGGUAUGAUCUGCGUGAAAACUACAGUUACAUUUAACGCGCAAUAGACACAAUAUGUCGCCGGACACCAUAUCAAGAUCGGAUGACUGCAGAGAAACGUUCGAUCACUGUCCGRAUUUCAAAUGAGUGAGAUGAAACUAAAACACAAGAAAGAAAUGCAGGCAGGCAGAGUCGCAGAUACUUAGCUGAACACAGGUCGCACCUUGACGUUUUUAAUCUGAAGUUAUUGCAUUUUACGUAAAAUUUUCUACUCAAAGCCUCUUCAUCAUGGCUCCGUAAACACAGACGCUCAUUGUUUUUGUCUUCAUGUUUAUUUAUUAUUGUGAUAGGAACUCUUGUUAUUUUCUACACUUGAGAAAGAUUUUUCAAACUCAGAAAACCCUGCAACUAUACCGAGUUCUGUACACAUUUAGCGGUUUGCCUAGUAAAAAGAUUCUAGCCUGAAUAACAUUGAGCUACAUAACUCACGAAUUAUAUUCUUGUGAAGUCUAUGUUAUUUAGGUAAAUAAUUGAUUAAGGAGAGUUUAAAAGCAUUCACAGAGAUAUUUAGUAGAGCAUGAUCAAUAGUGUUUAGUAAAACAAUAUUACACAUCUCAUAAAUCCACAAGGCAUAGAUACCAGAAUAAGUGAUGGUCUUAAUGGUAUUGUUUGCCAUUGCAAUAMAAAUUGAUUGUUGAGCAAUCCUGASCAAUCAAGCAGUCCUUGGACUAUAUAAAAUAUUAGGCCCAGUUUAUCAGUAUCACUGAUAUUAGUCAUUGUAUUUUAUUUGCCAAACACUAAAACUAUUGUUGGUGAAUAAUCCUCCAAAAAAUCAAAGGAAAACAAAAUAGUCUACUAAUUAUUUCAUGGGUAAGGUGGAACGACUCUACGACGUAAGAUUCAAUGUGAAGCAAACGAAAAACUAAGAACGAAAAACUCAGAACAAGCUUUAAUAACCACCACAGGAAAAAAUAUGAAGGCUAAAUUGUUUUUAACUAGAAACCAGAAACUAAAUGAAAAUGAACUAAAUGAGAAUGAAAUGUCA